UUUGAGCAAUUUCAAAAAUUUUCGAAUUUGACAUCAAUUUUGAUUUUAUUCUAUAGUAUGCAUACCUAGAACACAAUAUAUGAACAUGAAAAGACAGCAGGUAUUUGUAAAAAUUGUUAAUUAGCAAAUUAAAUCAGCAAUCUGUAGGUAACAGAUUUUGGACAUUGUUUUCCUGUAGGUAACGGAUUUUGGACAUCAUCAUAACAUGGCAUCAUUACAAGGACUUCCACCUCUUCCUAAGAGCCUGAGUGGUCUGUUGAAUUUCAGUAGUGCCCAAUGGAAAGAAUUAGAACGACUUCAUGCUAUGAAGACAAUGAUUCAGCAAGAUUUGAACCGUGGAACAAAUUUACCGAGAGUAUCGCCCCAAAGCAAUAGUUCUGAAAAUGUACAUAGUGAGCAUAGUAGUCCAGCUUCUGAUGUUCCUACUCAAAGUCGAUCAGGACGUUUGGAUGUGCAAUUGGCGUUGUUACGGAAAGAAAUGGUUGGUCUUCGGCAGCUAGAUAUGUCCCUGCUAUGUCAACUUUGGUCACUUAAUGAAUCCAUUCACGAAUACAAACAACUUUUACAAGACCGAAUGUCACUUAGUCUUUCCCCAUCACACGCAUCAUCUCCUGGGUGGGACAAUGGCUUAGAUUCUCCAAGUAGCGAAGAACAUGGGGAAACUAGUAGUAAACUUUUUGACUUGGAAAAUAAAAACUCACCUUUAAAAGAGAAUAAUAAUCAAGAGCAAGCUGCUGGGUCGAGAAAAUUGUCAUCAGUUGAUAGCACUUCACAUUCAAGCUUGGAGUUUGGUGACAUUUAAUCAUGUGCCUUCUUUAAAGUACUACCAUUUAUGAGCAAUUUAUCUUUUUGCAGCGGGUCAAAUGUUGUUUUAUUUAUUAUGUGACAAAUAUGUAUGUAUGUAUGUAAAAACUACGCUAAUGUGAAAGAAAGAAAUAUUAAUGAUUAUAAGUCAAGCAUUUAGCUGAGGACUUUUGAAUUCAUGAAAAUUAAAAUCAUAGCUAUUCAAAUUACUGACAUUAUUUAAUUGUCUUUAAGUAAAGUAAGAACCUUCUCUAUUAAAAUUUCCAAUCAUUUUAAAUAAUCAUGAUUGUAUGUUUAAAAGGAAGUAUUUCAUGUGACUGUGAAGAAAAUAUCUUUUACCAAGAUUUUUGUUUUUAUAUUUAUUUGAACCAAAGUAAAAUAUUUUAUUUCUUCAUUCAUUUCACAAUGUUACACAGCAAUGAGCCAUAAGAUGCCGUUUGAAAAAACAAAUGCUGUCUGACCACAGAUGAGCUGGAAAAACGAACUUUCAGUUUGCAGGCGGAAACAAAAGUAACUAUUAGUUUGCAUUGUAGGAAUGCCAGUUUGCGUUUACUGAUGUGUGUUAGCUUCUAAAUUAUGCAGUGGCACAUUAAUAUAAAUGACACAUUGCAUCAUAUUUUUCAAAACAAUUUCACUAAACAAUGAAUCUGAUUGUACAACGUUUGGUUUCAUUUACUUUCCCAACACUAUUGUAAGUUCAGGUUAUAAUUCUAUUAUUUCUCUUUUCUACCUCUCAGAGUGGAAUGUAACCCAAUGUUCCUAUGUAAUUAUUGGUUGGUCAUCUGGAUGGGUACUACCACCUCUCUUAUUUUGUAAAAACAGUUUAGAAUCAUCCUGUAUAUUGCAUUGCUAUGCUAUAUUUCUAGCUCAAUUGCAGUUUUUAGAUGGGAAACCAGAACAAUCUCCAACUCAUCAGUUUCUUCAAUAUCAAUCAUCUUUUGACUAAUUCUAAACUGUGAAAUGAUUUCUUCUGUAUAUAUUUGAUUAGUUUCAAUAUCAAAAAACAACUAAUUCAAUUACUCUUCAGUUAGUGAUACAUUAUAAAUUCUAAUGAAAAAUGAUUUUUGUUAUAGUGCUUUUAAGCACUCAUAUUUUUUAAAGUUUGAUAUUUUCCCCCGAAACUAUUUUGCUGUAAUAUAAUUUUAAACUGGUAGAGCAUUUCAUGUAGCAUUUAUUACCAGUGUUAAAAUAUUUCAAGUUUCUGGUAGCAUUUCUAAUUUUCUAUUAAAAGAGCAUUUUAAGAUAACAUUAACUUUAUAUACCUUUACUAUCUUUUAUAUCAUUAUGUCUCUUUAUUUAACUAGAAAGUUUAACUACUGCAUUUUUUUAAAAAAUAGAAUCUCAAAUGUAAAAUGUUUGCAUAUACGGUCAACUCUCGAUAACUCGAAGUCCCGAGGGACCAGCUAAACGUUUGAGUUAUGGGAAGUUUCCAUAACAGUCUCAAGAGUUUGGUACCCGAUGAAAACUUCAAGAUAAAGGAAUAUUCAAGUUAUCAAGAUUUGACUGUAUUGUAAUUAUGUUUCAAAAAUGCUUUGUAUGGUAAUAUAAGUCAUUAGUACAACAAUCCAUGGAUCCAUUAUCUUUAAAAAUUAAUGGAAAAUUUUUGGUAUGUAAAUGUAAAAUCACAAAAAAAGUAAUAAAUUUUUUAUCAGUUUUA